CCCGCCCAGUAUUUCAGCUCUAAAGAGGAGAAGAAUCGCAGUUUCAUUUUCUGCGCACUUCAAACCCUUGAGGUAAACUUUUGAACACGAAAAUACCCCAAACUCCAUUUCUUUUGUAGGCGUGUGCAGGAUCUCUUUGAACUGAUAAAUCUGAAACGUAUGAAUACAAAAUGCUAAGCUGGAUGCUCCAGUUUAUCUGACAUUAAACAGUCAAUGGCAAUACAGUGGAAAGCAGUUACAGUACCAGUUCCAGUUGCAGAGCCAAGGACCACAAACCCCAUAAUAGAAUGCAUCAUUAACAAAAACCUUAAGAAGUUAAAGAAACUACUCAGAGGAUGUGAUAUUAAUGGACUCUAUUCUUCUGCACUUUGGAGUGAUGAUCUUACGCUGCUGUCGGCUGCAGCUGGUAGUGCAAAUGAAGAGAUCUGUGACUUUCUCCUGAGAGAGCAGGCAGACCCUAAUAAAGCCUCAACAAACAGGCUAGUACCACUGCACUAUGCUGCAUGUACACAAGGAGUUCCACUCAGUAUAGUGAAAAGAUUACUUGCAGCAAAAGCCAAUCCAGAUGGCCAUCAAACACAAUUUUUUACACCAUUACAGUUUGCUGCUGAUAAUAACAGAGAAGACAUGGUCGAAGCUCUUAUAGACGCUGGAGCUUCUAUUGACAGAAAUUACAGACUACACCCAGAUAUCGGUAAGAAACUAGAGACUAUUGUUCAUCGGUUACCUUCAGGGACUGAAGCUUUUGAGAAAUGCAGGCUCUUUUUUAAACUGACUACAUUAGUUUCCAAGAAAACUCAGGAAGAACUUUUCAACCUUUUUAAGGAACAAUUUCUUGAAGAACAUCCAUUCAGCCAUAUUACCCUUCUUGAAAAUUACUUUAAUGUCAUUGGUCGAGGUGCUGAACAAUUUCGACUAAGUAGCAUCAAGUGGCUGAAGGACUCCAAGAACACUGACACUUACAUUGAAGGGUUCAUCCAGCGCUUUCCCAGAAUACCUAAUGAGCAUCAGCUAAUUGCACUGAACACUUUAGAGGCUGUAAUACGCAUGAUGAAAGAAAUAUCUCCCCAAGUCUUUGAUGAGAUUGGAUCCAUUCUGAUAAAAAGUUUACAUCCUGCUGGCUCCACUCAGGAAGAUGUAUACAAUCAGCUGAUCCUGAACAUACUUUGUGUGAUUAUAGAGAAGUUCUCAAAGCACAACGCUGGUGCUGACGUUCUUAAUGUUUCUGUUCUUCAGAACUUAUGCACUGGUCUUAUACCUCUCACCAGUCCUAAGUAUUCACCUGAUGUCAGCAUUCUUACUUAUCGAUUGUUUGCUGAUCUUUAUGAGUUCAUCCCAGAACAUAUUCAUUCAUGUGGAUUACUCUCAGUGCCUGAUAGGGUACUUGAUGCUGCAGAGAUAAAGAUGGAUGAUGUCAUUAAGGAGAAGCUGCAAAAACUGAACACAGAUCUCAAACAUCCACAUCCAAGUUCAGGGGCCAUAGGUAGUUUAUGUGAGGGAGUGGAGAACAUGCUGCCAAAGAGGAAAAAGAAGAAGAAAAAGAAGAAGAAGAAAGAAGCACAGCAUCAGAUGACAUCAAAAGAAGAUGAGGGUCAUGAAACAAAAGAGUAUACAGACACAACCAUGACUUCAGUUGAGGAAUCAAAUUCCACCGUGCAUCCAUUUACAUCUACUACAGGACGUCCAAAACUACCAAGAAGUUGGCUCCAAAUUAGCCAACAUUGGAGGCCCAAGCUGGAGAAACUUGCUAAUACAGAUGCGAGUAAGGUUUAUAGACUCAGGAGUCUUACAAUUGGUGUUGGCCCGGAGUUCCAGAUAGCUAAAGGAAGUGAUGGAACAGAGGUUUUUCUUGGUCUGAGGGAUGAUGGCACUGAGGUAGCUGUGAAACGAAUGCUUAAGUCCAAUUAUCAAGUCCUCAAAAAUGAAGAGGAGUUUUUAAGGCUUCCAGAACUCGACAAUCCUUCUAUUGUGCGAUAUGUGGACUUUGCAGAAGAUGAACAUUUUGGCUAUCUUGGCCUUCAACUUUGUGAAUACACACUGGAAGAAUACAUCCAAGGACAUUUGCCUGAAGACAGUUGUGAGCAGCUUGCUGUCCUGAAGAAGAUUGUGAAGGAUGUGCUGUCCAGCCUUGGAGUUCUUCACAGGGAAGAUAUCAAAGUGCUCCAUCGGGACAUCAAACCACAGAAUGUUCUGAUGGAUAUAACUGGAAAAGCGAGAUUAGCUGAUUUUGGUAUAAGCCGGAGGCUGAAUUUAGGACAAACGACACUGCGCACUACUGCUGCUGGAACAAAGUUCUGGAAAGCCAGGGAGACCAUUGAAGAGGAUGAUUACAGUGCAUACAAGAGGAGUUCGGACAUUCAGGUUGCAGGAAUGUUAGUAUAUUACAUCCUCUCUGGUGGACACCAUCCUUUUGGUAAAGGGGCUCGUUGUGAGAGUAACAUUCUUGAUGGGAAGUACUCGCUGGAACAUCUGGAAGAUGACAUGGCGAAGGACCUGGUGGAGUGCAUGAUCAGUCAUGAUCCAAAGAAGAGACCUAAAGUAGAGGAGGCCCUUGCUCAUCCCUUCUUUUGGAAAGAUGAGAACAGAGUGGAGUAUUUACAGAAGCUGGGGAAUGUGAAACAGGUGCAGAACUAUCUCAAACCUGAUGAGGAGCUGCUUCAUGCCAUAGAAGAAAUGGCCAUUGGGAAGACCUUCUCAAAAUGGAAAACAAAAUUCCCUGAUGAAAUUGUGCAAAAAGUAGACAGUAAGAAAAAGCCCUACCCAGAGAACUUGCUUGGCCUACUGCGAUUCAUACGCAAUCUGUACCCUGAUGAUGCAGAAAAAAUAAACCUGAUGACCUUAUUUCCUGACCUUUUUGGAAAUGCUUUCAAGUUUGCCCAAGCGAGAGGAUGGAACACUACACCAAGUCUGAGAAAACUGCUGAGAUCUGUACCUGUAUAUGACGACUAAAUAACAUGAACUAAAGGUUAAAUGAUGUGACCUCAGCUGUUUUUGGUUUUCACCACUGUUAUGAUAUUAGCAUUGCAAAAUAAUUACUCGAUCUGUAAUAAGAAAAGCUGAUUUCUAUGUGUUUUUAUCACUUCCCAAUACUUUUGUACUUAAAAGUAAGGUGGAUUCUGGUGUUCUGGGCCAUCAGGUAAUCUGAGACACUUUAAGAGGUUCCAAUUCCACAAUCAGUAUCAUCAAAUAAUCUUUUUAAAUAUGUGAAAAUAUUUUUUUAAUAUGUGAAAAUAUUUUUAAGGUGAACUCAAGCAAGGUAAUGGUUUCAUCAAUGAGGGCCUGCAACAUAAGUAUAACUACAUGAUCUGAUCAUGAUCUAAAACCUGAAUCCACCCUAACGUCAAAAUAUAAAAAUAUACAGGUUUUGUUUCUGUCCUCAGAAAGGGUUUCUGUCAGAGCUGAUGUUUGCUGCUUUGUUAUACUUUAUUGUUUUUUUGGAAAUGGUGUUCUUAUGAUCACAGUUCAACAUCAGAUAGCUUUAAUAUUUUUGUCUGUGAACACAAUUUUUAAUAAAUACCACUAUAUUAACCUUAUUUAGAUUGUUCUCUUAAAUAAACUCUACUUGUACUCAA